GCGGCCCUCCGGGGGGCGGCGGGGACUGGGGCUGGGGCUGGGGCUGCUCCCGCGGGGCCGAGCUCCUUCCCCUUCCCUCUCCCCUUCCCUCUCCCCUUCCCUCUCCCCUUCCCUCUCUCCUUCCCGGUGGUGCCCGCCCGUGCACCGGGAGGGAGCCACUUCUGCGUUCUCACCGGGCCGCUCUCUGUCUCCAGGAUCGUUAUCCAUUCGCAGGAGAGGGAAAACGCCGACCCGGAUUACAUCCCCAUCAACAGCCGCUUUAAGUGCGUGCAAGAGGCAGAAGAAACCCUGCUGAUUGAUAUAGCUACAAACACAGGCUGCAAGAUCCGGAUACAAGGGGACAAGACAGCUGAGCGGCUCUUUGAAAUCCCUGAUGAGGAGCGUUGCUUGGGAUUCCUUUCAGAGGUGCAGAGCAUACAGGAAGCUCAGUUAAAAUCUUCUCUUCCGGACCAUAAGGACUCAACCAGCUGGCAUCAGGUGGAGAAGAACCUCCCAAGUCUUUUGCAGGCCUCUCCUUCAGGAGCUCUGGGGUUUGAGGAUGACUUCAAUGCUAUGAGCCUGGAGAAGAAAAGAAACAUGCAAAACCACCAAACAGGAUCUCGCCGGGAUCCCCCACCUCCUCCUGUGCCUCCAAGUAGGCAAUUUCACCGAGAGAGAGAAGGUACAUCAAGGGACCAGCCAAAAGUGACCAACACUAUGCGCAAAAUAUUUUUGCCCAACACCCAGUCAGGACAAAGAGAAGGCCUCAUCAAACAUCUGCUUGCCAAGAGAGAGAAGGAGUAUGUCCACCUUGAGAACUUCAGAUUUUUUGUGGGAACGUGGAACGUGAAUGGGCAGUCUCCAGACAGUAGCUUGGAGCCCUGGCUGGCAUGUGACACAGAGCCUCCGGACUUGUAUUGCAUCGGGUUCCAGGAGCUGGACCUCAGCACGGAGGCUUUUUUCUACUUUGACUCUUCAAAGGAGCAAGAAUGGCUGGUUGCUGUGGAGAAGUCCCUGCACCCUCAGGCUAAGUAUAAGAAAGUGCAAAUGGUCCGUCUGGUUGGAAUGAUGCUGCUCGUGUUUGCUAGGAAGGAUCAGCUGAGUAACGUCAGAGAGAUCAUGACAGAGUCUGUGGGAACUGGAAUCAUGGGGAAGAUGGGCAACAAGGGCGGUGUGGCGGUGAGAUUCGUGUUCCACAACACGACCUUCUGCGUUGUCAAUUCCCACUUAGCUGCUCACGUGGAGGACUUUGAGCGCCGAAAUCAGGAUUAUAAGGAUAUCUGUGCUCGGAUGAGUUUUGUACCCCCUGACGAUACACUACCUCAGCUCAACAUCAUGAAACACGAUGUUGUCAUCUGGCUAGGAGACUUGAACUACAGGCUUUGUAUCCCUGAUGCCAGUGAGGUGAAAAGUCUUAUCAGUAAGAAUGAGCUUCAGAAAUUGUUGACAUAUGACCAGCUGAAUAUUCAGCGUAUUCAUAAGAAAGCAUUUGCAGAUUUCACUGAGGGAGAGAUUAAGUUCAUCCCCACAUACAAAUAUGAUUCUAAAACAGAUCGCUGGGAUUCCAGUGGAAAGUGUCGUGUGCCAGCAUGGUGUGACCGAAUCCUUUGGAGGGGUGGGAACAUAAAUCAGCUCUGCUAUCGCAGUCAUAUGGACCUGAAGACUAGUGACCACAAGCCAGUCAGCGCGCUUUUCCACAUCGGGGUAAAGGUUGUGGAUGACCAGAGGUAUCGAAAGGUGUUUGAAGAUAUCGUUCGUAUGAUGGACAGAAUGGAGAAUGACUUUCUUCCUUCGCUGGAGCUAAGCAGGAGAGAAUUUGAGUUUGAGAAUGUAAAGUUCCGUCAGCUGCAGAAGCAGAAGUUCCAGAUAACCAACAACGGGCAGGUCACCUGUCACUUCUCCUUCAUCCCAAAGCUCAACGAUAGACAGUACUGUAAGCCAUGGCUUCGGGCUGAGCCUUGUGAAGGUUACUUGGAGCCAAAUGAGAGUGUGGACAUCUCCCUGGAUGUGUACGUCAGUAAGGACUCUGUAACCCUUCUGAACUCGGGCGAGGAUAAAAUUGAGGAUAUUCUUGUCCUUCACUUGGACCGAGGGAAGGACUAUUUCCUCACCAUCAGUGGGAGCUACCUGCCCAGCUGCUUUGGCACCUCCCUAGAGGCUUUGUGCCGGAUGAGACAACCCAUCCGAGAAGUUCCAGUCACCAAACUUAUUGACCUGGGAGAAGACAGCUUCUUAGAAAAGGAGAAAUCCGCGCUGCACAUGAGCAUCCUGAACAGUGAGGAUGCAAGCGAGAUGCCGCUGCAGGUGCCGAAGGAGAUCUGGCUCUUGGUGGACCACUUGUUUAAGCACGCUUGCCACCAGGAGGACCUGUUCCAGACUCCAGGCAUGCAAGAGGAGUUGCAGCAGAUCAUCGACUGCCUGGACACCAGUAUCCCCGAGACAAUCCCGGGCAGUAACCACUCUGUGGCUGAAGCACUCCUCAUCUUCCUGGAGGCUCUGCCAGAGCCGGUGAUCUGCUACGAGAUGUAUCAGCGCUGCCUCGACUGGUCGCACGACAGCCGGCUCUGCCGACAGGUGAUUUCUCAGCUGCCUCGUUGCCAUCGCAGCGUGUUUCGGUACCUAAUGUCGUUCCUCCGAGAGCUGCUCAAAUACUCGGAAGACAACAACGUCAGUGCCACCAUGAUCGCCACCUUGUUCACCAGCCUCCUCCUGCGGCCUCCACCCAACCUGAUGGCAAAGCAGACCCAGCAGGACCGCCAGCGUGCCAUCAACUUCCUCUAUGGCUUCUUGCUUGCCGGGGACGAGGAGUGACUCCUGCCCGCGUGCCAAAGCUGGGGCCCCGUGCUGCCGGCCUCGUGCCCAGGCUGGGCCUCUGGCGGCUCCUGAAGGGCAGAAGGCUCCAAGCUACUCCAAGUGCCGUGUUUACAGUUGGAAGGGAAGCGUUCUCCUCUUUCCCACUGCUGUGCCCCACGCCGCAGAGGACCUGCGUGCUCAUUGCACUGCCAUCCAUGACAGGACCCUCCUGCUUUCUCCCCUGGAGCUGGGUGGAUCUGCCGGUACCCAGACGUGGUGCCAGCGGCCCACUUGUCCCUUAGCCAUGUCACCAGUUCCCCGACCCACGCUUCUCUCCCCUUUUCACCCCCGUCUCCCUGGAGUCAUCGCAGGGAAGGGCGGAGGCUGCUGGUGCUUCUGGAGGGCCGUGGCUCAGCUGGCUGCUGCUCAGCCUGCAGGCUGCAUCCCUGUGUGCUGGUGGGCACUGGCCGCACUGGUGAGAGCCCUGUGCUCUCCCAGACUGGCACUGGGCAUGUGUCACCCUUUGCCCUGCAGCAGCCCGGGUUAACCCUGAUCCACGGUCCCUGAGCUAUGAAAGCAGGACGCUGGCAGUGCCGCGAGGGUUAUCUGGACACGUGGCCCCUUCCCUCUGGCGGUGCAGUUUCCUCUCCUUCCCUCCUGGGGUAAGGUUUUGGCAUCCCCAUCCCCCUGCUCCGGCCCCUGGGUUUCUGGCACCAGCGCCUUGCUCUGCCCUCUCCCCCUGUGCCCUGGCUGCCCUCUGGGGUGCGGGGACUGGUGGCUGACGUAGAGGAGCCCGGAUCAAGCAGGGCUGUGAGGGGAAGGUUUAUCCAGGUGUGGUUUAUCCAGGGCAGUCCCUGUGCAUGGCACGGAGCAGGACACGGCUCCUGCCCCCCCAUCCCUGCUGCAGGACCGGGUCUGAGGGCGCAGGCAGCAUCGAGUGCCCUCCAUCCAUCCCUCGGGGGGGGACGGGGAACGAGCCCCAGGUCCCAUGGGAGCAGCGUGCCGGGGGCCUGAAGCGCUGGGGGGUGUGCAGCUGGGGAGGGGAAGCCCUCAGGAAGGGAGAGGUGGGCGCAAGGGAGGGCCUGUCCCUGCUGAAACACUAAGCAGAGCCCUGCCUGUGGGGCUGCGGGGGGGAGCUGCCAAGCCUCAGCCGGGGUAUGUGGGGACGGUGCCUGUGCUCAGCCCCAGACCCACGUACCUGGCCUCAUCUUGUGCUGCCCCGUGUUCCCCGUGCCCUGGCUGCGCUGCUGGGGGCUCCCGGACCUUGUGGCUCUUAUUAUUAUAAUUUUUUUUUUUUUUAAUUUUUAAAUUACAUAAUUUAUUGGGAAUCCAUCUGUUCCAAAUAAACCUCAGUUGUGCAA